ACCAGAGCAUGAGGAUGACUCCAAUCUCAACAAUUAUUUUAUUUCUCAGCACUAUAUCUCCAGUUCAAUCUGUGGAUUUUUUCAGAACUUCAGUUCUCGCAGUUAGGUCUGGAGAACGUGUUACUUUGACCUGCCCAUAUGGAAACAUUCCCAAAGCUGAAAGUUUGGUUUGGUACAAACAAAUAUUUGGAGAAAUGCCUCAAAUAGUGGGAGAAAGAUCAGGAUUUAAGAGCAGCACAAUUUCCCCAGCAUUUAAGGAUUUCGGAUUUACAAUGGAGUCGACUGCUAAGGGCAUUACUCUGAAAAUUCCACAUAUAAAGAAAGAUCAUGGAGGACUUUACUACUGUGGACGAUUCAGCUGGGAGAAUUUUACAUUAUCAAAUGGAACUUUCUUGGAUGUAACAGGUGAUGAUGUAAAUGUCUCAGUGUUGCAGAGCAGCAUGUCGGACUCUGCAGGAUCAUCUGUAACUCUUCAGUGUUCGGUUCUCUCUGAGAGCAGAGCAGCAGAACUCCAAGUGCUCUGGUUCAGAGCUGCUCCAUCACAAUCCCAUCCUCAAAUCAUUUACACUCAUCACAACAGCAGCCUUCAGUGUGAGAGCGAAUCUUCUACACACUCCUGUGUGUACAACUUGACCAAAAGCAUCAGCCUCAAUGAUACUGGAACUUACUACUGCGCUGUGGCCCUGUGUGGGAAGAUCAUUUUCGGGAACGGAACACGAGUACAGAAGAAAAGUUCAGAAUUUGGUCGGUGA